GGGGAGAUUAAGGAAAUGUGGGAUGGCGGAUUUACUGAAUACAUCCAUGACUGGUGGAACCUGAUGGAUUUUGCAAUGAACUCACUCUAUUUGGCAACUAUUUCCUUGAAGAUUGUGGCCUAUGUCAAGUAUAAUGGUUCUCGUCCAAGGGAAGAAUGGGAAAUGUGGCACCCAACGCUGAUUGCAGAAGCACUCUUUGCAAUAUCCAACAUUUUAAGUUCACUGCGUCUCAUAUCCCUGUUCACAGCCAACUCCCACUUAGGGCCCCUGCAGAUCUCUUUGGGGCGCAUGCUACUUGAUAUCCUCAAAUUCCUCUUUAUCUACUGCCUGGUCCUGCUGGCCUUUGCUAAUGGAUUGAACCAGCUUUACUUUUAUUAUGAAACUAGAGCAAUUGAUGAGCCGAACAACUGCAAGGGGAUUCGAUGUGAGAAACAGAACAAUGCAUUCUCCACGCUCUUUGAAACCCUUCAGUCACUCUUCUGGUCUGUUUUUGGUCUUUUAAAUCUCUACGUCACCAAUGUGAAAGCCAGACACGAGUUCACGGAGUUUGUGGGAGCGACCAUGUUUGGGACCUACAACGUCAUCUCACUGGUGGUGCUGCUGAACAUGCUGAUCGCCAUGAUGAACAACUCCUACCAACUGAUUGCCGAUCAUGCUGAUAUUGAGUGGAAGUUUGCAAGGACAAAACUCUGGAUGAGUUACUUUGAUGAAGGUGGCACCUUGCCACCCCCUUUCAACAUCAUCCCCAGUCCCAAGUCAUUUCUAUACCUGGGUAACUGGUUCAACAACACUUUCUGCCCCAAAAGAGACCCUGAUGGCAGACGGAGAAGACGCAACUUGAGAAGCUUCACUGAACGCCAUGCUGACAGCUUGAUACAGAAUCAGCAUUAUCAGGAAGUUAUCAGGAAUUUAGUCAAAAGAUAUGUGGCUGCUAUGAUAAGAAAUUCCAAAACAAAUGAGGGGCUAACAGAAGAAAAUUUUAAGGAAUUAAAGCAGGACAUCUCCAGCUUUCGAUAUGAAGUGCUUGACCUCUUAGGAAAUAGGAAACACUCACGGAGAAGCUUUUCCACUAGCAACACUGAACUCUCUCAGAGGGAUGAUACCAAUGAUAGUGGUGGGGCACGGGCCAAAUCCAAGAGUGUCUCUUUCAACUUAGGCUGCAAGAAAAAGGCCUGCCACGGGCCACCUCUCAUCAGAACCAUGCCAAGAGCCAGUGGUACUCAAGGGAAGUCAAAAGCUGAGUCAUCAAGCAAACGCUCCUUCAUGGGUCCUCCUCUCAAGAAACUGGGUCUCCUGUUCUCCAAGUUUAAUGGUCAUAUGUCUGAACCCAGUUCAGAACCAAUGUACACAAUUUCUGAUGGAAUUGUUCAGCAGCACUGUAUGUGGCAGGACAUCAGAUAUUCUCAGAUGGAGACAGGGAAAGCAGAGGCCUGUUCUCAAAGUGAAAUGAACCUCAGUGAGGUAGAAUUAGGUGAAGCCCAGGGCACUGCUCAGAGCAAUGAAUGCCCUCUAGCCUGUUCCAGCUCUCUGCACUGCGUAUCCAGCAUCUGCUCCUCGAAUUCUAAACUUUUAGACUCUUCAGAGGAUGUAUUUGAAACUUGGGGAGAGGCUUGUGACCUGCUCAUGCAUAAAUGGGGUGAUGUACAGGAAGAACAAGUUACAACUCGGCUCUAAGUCAAGCCCCUAUCAUCUGUUCUGGAACUCAAGAAGAAAUUUGUAAUUGCCUUGCUCUUGGAGGUGACAUAGAAUAUAUGAUUCCCUUACUGUGCCCCCCCACCAAGAAAGGAGAGUGAAACUCCUGUUAUUUUCACUGUCUUUUAUAGCUACAUUCUUAAUUUUUGUUCUUAUACUAUUAUUGCUAUUAUUUGCCUUUUAUACCUAUAAACACUAAGUCCAUUUCACAACCAACUGAAAGGGUGUUUGCCCCUAAUCAGCAGAGGUGCAGUCGGGUGCUUAACCCUUUGGCUUUGCUUUUUACCCUUGCUUCCUUGAAGCGCCAGGUGCCACUUUGCUAUGGUUGCUGCCACACAGAUUCCUGAUCUUCCUCAGGAUCUCACACCAUUUCCCCAUAGGGCUGAGGGAUGUGGUCGGCAGUCCCCACCAGCUAUCAGAUAAAGCAAACUAACCUGCCUAUCUCUGUUGCUCUCCAGUGCUCCAUGCUGCCCAUUCUGGUUCACUCAACAGACUCCAAAGAAUUGUCAGCUUGUGGUUUCUAGGUAUAACUGGCCUUCUUGAGUUUUUGUUCUUAAACAAUACAACUUCUCCUUAUUGUGGGGGCUGUGGCUGUUGAGUUUUUGUUUCUUAAAGAUAUGUUAGUUUCCAAAUGUGUGCCAAUGAAUAUUUACCCAUAGCAUAUGUCAUAUCUAAUUA